AUGUCGACUCGACAUCAAUGCUGCAGCUCCCUGAGCCAGGCGAGCUCAGCAACUGAGCCUCAGUUGACUCUCUGUAGAGGUCCUCUACAUUUACAAAGCAAAGCAAAGAAAAGAGCAGCCCAGCGUCGCUGGUUUCGAGAGAUGACGGGCUUCAAACGGCAUCCAAGCCUGCUUGCAAGGCUUUUGCCUUACCUUGCAGCGCCAGACGGCAGCCUGAAGACGAGCGCAUCCCCUCGUGCGUCACAAGCUGCACACACUUCGGUCCUGACCAGGGCGCGCGCAAACUACCGAAAUUGGUGUCCACCACACUAUUCUCGGGGUUAUCAGGUGGAAAAGGAUCCCGCCGCCGACGCCACUCGCCAACUGCGCGCCAUGUUGACUCGCUUCGCCCCCCGCCUGCGCCUUCAGUCGCCUGCUGCCGUGCGCGCCUUGAGCUCGGCCGCUCCGGCUGCGUCUCCGCUGAAGGUGCUGGUUAUCGACGGCUACUCGCCCGAGGGCCGCGCCGACCUUGAAGCUGGAGGCGCCAGCACCGCCGGUAAGCUGUACAUCGACCUGCUCAACAAGUCGGCGCCUGCCGGGGUGGAGGUCGCCUCCGACGUGGUCUACCCCGCAGACAGCGACUUCCAGUCGCCGGAGCUGUCCAAGUACCAUGCAGUGGCCUGGACGGGCUGCUCGCUGACCAUCCACGACGCCCAGGACGUCCGCGUCACCAAGCAGAUCGACUUUGCCAAGAAGGUGUUCGAGGAAGGCAUCCCGCAGUACGGCAGUUGCUGGGCGGCGCAGAUCGCUGUGGCUGCUGCUGGCGGCCACUGUGGAGCGAACCCGCGCGGUCGCGAGAUGGGCAUCGCGCGCAAGAUCGAGCUGUCCCCGGAGGGCCGCGCGCACCCGAUGUUCGAGGGCAAGCCGUCGGUCUUCGACGCGUUCACGAGCCACAACGACGAGGUGACCCACAUGCCGCCUGGAGGACUCGCUCUGGGCGGAAACGACUUCACGAAGGUGCAGGCCGUGGCUGUGCGCCACAAGAAGGGCGACUUCUGGGCCGUGCAGUACCACCCGGAGUACGACCUCCAUGAGCUCGCACGCCUUACGUACUGCCGCCGGGCGAAACUCGUUGGCUUGGGAUUCUUCGCAGACAUGAAGAGUGCCGAUCAGUACGUGGACGACCUUGAGAACCUGCACAUUGAUCCGUCGCGUUACGACAUUGCGUGGCGCCUUGGCCUCGACGCCGACGUCAUGGACGAGAACAUCCGCCACUGCGAGACGCGCAACUUCAUCAAGUAUCUUGCGCUUCCCUACAAGGCCGCGAUCGAGGGCAAGUAA